AUGCGUGUGUUCCUGUUUACGCUUUUUGCUGGUUUUGCCUUUGCUGCUCCUCAGGGUUAUAAUUAUCAAAUUGAAUUGGGUUCCUCGGAUAAUUCUAUACAGGCCAUACCCAAUGAGUUUCAAAUACUCCAGCAGCAACAACAGCAGCAGCCCCAAAUCAUUUAUCAAGACCAACUUCCUCAGUUGCAGCAAUUGACACAAUCGUUUAAUCUACCACAACAGAGUGGUUACCAGUUUGACGAUCAAUUAUUGCAAAAGGCCCAACAACAAGUAUUGCAAUAUGAAAAUCAACUCAAACUAAACCAACAGCAACAACCACAAAUUCUUUCACUUGUUGAACAAGCACCUCCAAUUGAAACCAAAACAGCUAUUGACUCACGUAAAGUAGAACACAAAACAGAAAUCGUUAAUGAGCCACAAACACAAUUUAUCAUACAGCCCAAGAUACAAAACAAAGCACCAGAAAUAUAUCAACAGCCCAUUGAGGAGAAAAAAGUUUCAUUCCAAAAAGAAUUCUACUAUCUUUCAGCUCCUCCAGAGGAAUAUGAAACUCCCAAGGACCUAGACAAGCAACUUGCAGCUUUGAAGAAAAAUUUACGUGUUGUGUUUAUUAAGGCACCUGAAAAUAAUGGUCUGGAAAAUGCCGCCUUACAAUUAGCUCAACAAUCAGCCAAUGCCCAAACAGCUAUUUAUGUACUUACCAAACAACAUGAUGCCGCUGAAUUGGCUCAAAAAUUACAAACCGUACAGACAUCCACACCACAACGACCUGAAGUGGCCUUCAUCAAAUAUCGCACUCAAGAAGAAGCCGAACAUGCUCAACGGGUUAUUCAGGCACAAUAUGAAGCAUUGGAUGGACCCAAUCACAUUAAUAGACCUGAUACUGGUGUUACGCACAACUUUGUUGGCGCAACUGGCUCAAGCAAUGGUGUGGAACCUCGCAAAUCAUUGGCCGUUGGCGACAAGACUGAAAGUAUAAAACCAGUUUCCAAAUAUCUACCUGCAGCUGUCAAACAUUAA